UUUGAGCCCUCUGUCUUUCGUCGAAAGUUUUCUUUCUGUGAAAAAUAGAAAAGAAAGAGCAAGUACAGCAAAGGGUGUCCAAAUCAGCAGCUUUCAAAAGUAACAUAAAGGCCGCCCAACCGACCAGGGAACCGUCUGCUAACUUCCCUUCUCCCUUAGCUGUUUGAGGCCCGUCAUCUGUCCUUCAAAACUCUCUCAGUUCUUCAAACAGAAAAAUCCAAAAAAGGAGAAAAGAGUGCGAAGAAGUAAAGGUUUUGCAUCUCUCUCAAAGCAAUUUGAAACCUGAGCAGCUGAAAAACAAAUGCUUUGAAAAUGGCUGCCAAGACCCACUUUCUCCUCUCUCCCCCGCCCAAACCUCCUUAUUUACCAUUAUAUCCCUCCUCCUCUUCUCUACCUUCAAAACCCGGGUCUUUUAGCAUCAGCUGCUGCCUCUCCAUAAAUCAAUCUAGAAAUGAUCAAACCGCUAGCAGCAGCAGCACCGUCAGCAAGGCCCCGGAGAGCCUCCACGUGGCAUUUGCAGCCGGUGGCACUGGAGGACAUAUCUACCCAGCUGUAGCUAUAGCAGAUGAGCUCAAACUCGUCAACCCAACCUGCAAAGUCCUCUUCUUAGGCUGCCCCGACAGCAUGGAAAGCACAGCUAUUCCGUCAGCUCAUUUUGAGUUCGAAUCUAUCCCAGCCGUCCAAUUAGCUAGGCCUUUUUCGUCUCCCCGGAACCUCCUCCUCCCUUACCGUCUGAUCAAAUCCAUUAUCAAAAGCUACACCCUUUUGUCAAAAUUUGAACCUCAUAUAGUUAUUGGAACUGGUGGGUAUGUUUCUUUUCCUGUCUGUUUAGCUGCUUUGCUACAAAAGACGAAGCUUGUGAUCCAAGAACAGAACUCUGUUCCGGGUAUCGCAAAUUGGGUUCUUUCUUUCUUUGCUGAUUUGGUGUUUGUUGCGUUCAAUUCAACGGUUGAGUGUUUCCCAAGAAAAGAAAAGUGUGUUGUCUGUGGGAAUCCUGUGAGGUUGUCUUUGAAAGGUUUGGCUUCGAAGGCAGUGUCAAGGUUGCAUUUUUUUCCCGAAUUGGCGAAAAUGGAGGGCUUUUCAGAGGAGGUCAAAGUGAUUUUGGUUCUUGGAGGGUCUUUAGGAGCUAAUGCUGUUAACAUUGCUUUGUUGAAUGUGUACUCUCAGUUGCUGUUGGAACAUAAGAAUUGGUUCAUUAUAUGGCAAACAGGGGUCGAGUCGUUUAAUGAAAUGGAGAGCUUGGUUAGGAACCAUCGGCAGCUGCUUUUGACACCGUUCUUGCAUUCAAUGGAAUUGGCAUAUGCAGCAGCCGACCUCAUUGUUUCUCGAGCUGGUGCAAUGACUUGUUCUGAGAUCUUGGCUACUGGGAAGCCUUCUAUAUUGAUACCAUCACCAAAUGUUGCAGAAGGACAUCAAUUCAGAAAUGCUUCUCUAAUGGCAGACGUAGCAGGUUCAAGGGUUAUAACUGAGGAUGAACUUGAUUCAACAACCCUUGGGACUGCUAUAUCAGAAAUAUUAGGGGAUGAGAACCUGCUGGCAGAGAUGUCUGAGAGGGCUCUUAGAGCUGCAAAGCUCGAUGCUUCUGCAGAGAUUGCAAAGCGCAUCCUUUCGCUAGUUAACUUAUCAGCAGUGGAGAAACAGUAAUGAAGUUGAUGACUAAUAAUUUUUCCUGCUCAAGAACCCAUGUUCGUUGUUCUUGUGGGACAAUUGUUUUUGUUCAUGGAUAUCAAUCAAUAUUUUUCUCAAAUAGCUUAAUUGUAAUAUAAAACCAAGUCCACAGAAUUCUGCAGGAGUGUUUUGUGAGGAUCAUAGGAUUACUCUCUCUUUUAAGCCUUACCCCAUGUAUGAGUUGUCCUUAUGGUGGAUUUCCGCUCAUCAUUAGUAGUUAGAUCAGGAAGAAAGAACUGACUGGAUAGCUAGAAUUUAUAGUUGAACACAAUUUUGUUUUGAUUCUUUGCUA